AUGGAUGUGAAGCGAGAUCGCCUCCUGCCAGCUGCCAUUAAGGACUCGUUCUUGGCCAUUGUUGCUGCAGGUGUAGUAGCCUUGCUGGUGGCACUCCACUCGCGCUCGUUCACCUAUGCCAUUGCUGUCUUCCUAGUGCUCGGGCUGAGCGUUAUCGGUUCACUGGCCUUUUACUCGUUCUUCACUUCCGAUUUUCCUCUGCUGAAUCUGGUCAUUUUCGUCCUUCUGAUUGCUGUCGGCACUGACGACGCCUUCCUGCUCUUCACUCAUUUUCCACGAAACCUCAACGAAGAAUCUUUUUACGAGUGUAUGGCCCACACCAGUGCGACAAUGUUUCUCACUUCAUUCUCCACUGCCGUGCCAUUUUUUGUGAACAUCGCCUCCAAUGUCGUCGUUUUCCGCUGUUUCGGUUUGUUCGCCGGAGUGACAAUUCUUAUAAACUACUUCCUUGUGAUCUCAUUUCUUCCAGCAUUUUUGAUUCUGCAGAGGAGGUAUUUCUCUUGUUUUCCGUCGUUGCCAGACUUUGGUGUUUUUAUCACAAAGUCGUUCAAGGAGGCACUACCAUGGGUCAUUGUCCAGGUUCGCAAUUAA